GUGUACGUAGACUCGAUCGCUGGAAGCCGGGGGCAUCCGCCUCUCGUGGAUCGCAUCGGUGUCUGGAUUCACCUACUUCAAGCUGCUAGCACAAACCGUUGUUAAACAAAGCAAUCCUAGUUUGCAUAUCCUUGCGAAGAUUGCGACUUUGACACCGAGGACCCUGAGACGAGGCAAAAGUUCACACAACCCGCGCCCAAAACACGGAUUAAGAGCGAGGAAAUAAGCUUGUGGCCAACACCGUCGUGUAGCCUUCAUCGCGUAUCACCCCUUGGAGACAAGCUGGGGCGCCUGCUUGUGUUGCUGAUCACAUUAACCACCAUGGCAGCCAACGCGGCCGAGCUAGGGAAAGACACGCCGGAGAGCACGUGGAAGCAGGUUCUGAGCACGGAGGAGUAUCGUGUGCUGCGGGAGAAGGGCACGGAGCGGGCCGGCACGGGCGUGUACAACAAGCACUUCGACGACGGCGUGUAUCGGUGCGCCGGCUGCGGCACACCCCUCUACACGUCCGAGACCAAGUUCAACAGCGGCUGCGGCUGGCCCGCCUUCUACGACGAGAUCCCGGGCGCCGUGGAGCGCCACGUGGACGUGAGCCACGGCAUGAAGCGCGUUGAGAUCACGUGCGUCAAGUGCGGCGGCCACCUGGGCCACGUGUUCGAGGGCGAGGGCUUCCCCACGCCCACCAACCAGCGCCACUGCGUUAACAGUGUCAGCAUCAAGUUCGAGCCCAAGCAGAAGCUGUGAGCGGGCGCUCGGACCGGCUGGGCCUAUCGUACUGCCAUAUUGGCAGGUGGUGGGAGGUGGUCGUUGGAGUGCUGGCAGCUCCAGGAUGGUGUGUGUGGGGUGGGGUGCGGUGGGGGUUAACGUUGAACCAAUCCCCUAAGGACACAGUCGCGCGGUGGGGUGGGGUGGGGUGGGGUCCGGAGUGGGUCCAAUGGUUCUGGGGUUGGGUCAUUGGUAUCUGGGGUGCGGCAAUGCUUCGAUGGUCUGAUUUGGGCCCAGUCACCUAUUGCUGACGGUUGAGGCCGACGCAUCUGACGAUCUGGUGCAGAGAUUCAUUUGAGCGUUGACCACCCUGGCGUUGGCAGUUGAGCGUUGACCCUAUGCCUCGCCUGUCGCCACUUCGGGGAUGAAUGCUCAUUUUGGUCAGGGGCGAGGCGUCUUGAGGAUCUGGUGCAUGAAGUCCAGAUAAGCGUUGACAGUUGAGCGUUGACCCUAUGCCUUUCGCAUGGCCAGCCGGGGUGAUUGCUGGGGUGAUGUAAGUUCGCUUAAGGGGAGAGAGCUGUGAAGCUGUGCUGCAUGAGGAGCCCAGAGAAGAAGUGAUAAUCGACAGCAACAGGCGCACUCGCAAUCGAGUUGCUGCAGAAGAAUUACUACAUAUUGACCAGGACUAGGACCUGGACUAGGUGCAGCAUGUCACCGUACACCGGUACACGCCUUUGUAACGCCUGCUCCCA